UCGGGAUCCCCCGGGAGGAGCUAGACGAAGUGGCUGGGGAGAGGGAAGGCUGGGCUUCCCUGCUUAGGCUGUUGCCCCCGCGACCUAAUAAGUGGAAGAAGAUGGAUUGAUGGAUGCAUUCCGUUUUUAAAGGCAAUCUGUCAUAACCUUUCUAGCAUUCAAUCUGACAUUAUUGUUAGGUUUUGUAUACCGUAUUUCCUUGAAUUGCCGCAGGGCAUAUAGUAUGCGCCUGCCUUGAAUUACUGCCGGAUCAAACUCGCUUCGCAAAAUAAUUAGCGCAUGCUUAGUAUUACCGCCGGGUCCAACUCGUGACGUCAUGAGUGACACUUCCCCUGUCACCAUUUUCAAAAUGGAGGAGGCUGAUUUCAAUACUGGUAAUUUGAAAUUGCAUAAAGGGAAGAAGAUUGAGAGCUAUUCAGUAGGAUUUAAGGUCCAAGCUUACAUCACACUCACAUUUUUACUGCAUGCCUUUGGUAAGUGCCGGAGUGAGAAGAGGUUUUAAAAUAAUUAGCGCAUGCUUACUUUUACCGCAUGCCUUUGGUUAGCGCAGGAGUGAGAAGAGGUUUUAAAUUAAUUAGCGCCCCGGUGGCAAUUCAAGGAAAUACGGUAUGUGUUCUUAAAAAUAGAUAGAUGGAUAGAUUCUCUAAAUUUGGGCCCCUGAAGAAAAAUAAUUGCCCUGGCCUGCUUUAUGGGCUCCAUAUUUUAACAAUCCAGGACAAAAACGAAUUACGGUAAAUUAGCUGAGAUAGGCGCCAGCGCCCCCCGCGACCCCGAAAGGGAAUAAGCGGUAGGAAAUGGAUGGAUGGAUGGAAAUAAAAAAACACAAACAAGAAAUCAACAGAGGAAAGUUAAUUUGCUGUUGUGCUCAUACUUAGCAUUUUUAAAUUCACAUUUUAUCCCUCCCGCGAGGUUAAUCUUCACCUAUUUAAACUUGCAUGGCAAUAAAUUAUGCAAAUGAGGCGAUGACGUCAUCUAGCGGCUUCUAUGACAGCCAAUAGCAACUUUGCUUACUGGGGAGUUGGCAACACUGGUCCCCUCGCUGUCAACGCACCACCAGAGCUUCGAUAAAGAACAUACUGUGUAGGGCAGAGCGUUAAACAAAUAUAUUAUCACAUGUUAUGUUUUGAAAAUAACGGGUGUGAAAAACUGAGAUUUCGGAUUUGUUAAAGCCGUCAAAACGGCGUUUGCUACAGGUGCUGCUCGGCUCCUACAGCAUCCGUACAAGGUCGGGACAUAACGCGCCUUGUAAUUACCACCAACAUGUCCCAGGUUGCUUUUUUUAGGGCUUUAACACGCCCUGGAACUGACGUGAUGGUCUAGCUGAGAGGAGUCAUUAAACUGGGCAAAGGAGAAGCUAAAGUAGCCGCGAGCUACGAGCUAGCUGUGACGUCAUGGCAGACUCCGCCAAGAAGAAGCAAAAGAAGAGAGUGAGGACGGCCGAAGCGAAGGAAAGGAAAAGAGACUUGGACCGAGUGAGGGACCGGACGAGAGUCAACAUUGGACACGCAUUUACAGGCUGGAGACAACUGCGAGAAGAGGUUGGCUGCAAGACCGACGAGGAGCUGGCCUUCGUGCUUCUGGACUCGUAUCAGAAGGUGACUCAAAGAACAUACGAGGAAUGUCCCUUGCAGACCAGAAACCAGGAAUUAAAAGACUAUGUUUGUGAACUCCAGAUGUCUAUUAUGCAGAGGACCACUGCAUCUGCCGCUCUCGAGCCGUUAUCAACAUUCGCAGACUCGAGGUUACUCGGGCCUCUUUCAGAGGAAACCAUAAAGUCAGAACCGGUUGACGAGCAAAACAUUGACUAUCAUCUUCUGGAAACGUCCAAUGAGCCAGAAGACAACCACAACCAUUGUUUAAUCCGAGAGUCACAGUGGACAUUAGCUGAGGAGGAGAAGAGUCUCCAUAUAGAAUCAGUUUGUGCGUGUGAGGAAGAGAUCAACAUGCUUUCUCCUAUAAAAGAUGAACCGGCAGAAGAUGGUGGCAAUUGUCCACACUGCGGCAUUAAGUUGGAAAACGAGGACCUUUUGAAAACCCACCAGUGCUUAGAAGAUGAAUCGUCCGAUUCUAACUCUGACUCUGACUCUGAAUCUGACUCUGACUCUGACAUGUCACCUUUUGAUGACAUCACAGAUGAGCAAGGCAGCAAUUCAGACUACAUUCCUGGCACAUGUGUUUGGGGUCAGAAGGAGACAAAAAUAUCAUCAGAGAAUUAUCCUUUGCAGACCGGGAAGGCAGAGAAUACCUUAAAUGACACUGAGGCUGACUAUGAAGACCACACAGAUGAGCACCUUCAGGAUACGUCCAUGGAGGAUCCCAAACCUAACCAGCUUCGGCCCAGGGCCAAGAAGGUCGUCGACUGUCCAACCUGUGGCCGAGUGUUCCCUCAUAACACUGCCCUCAAACGCCAUCUUGUCAUCCACACGGGGAGCAGGCCUUUCAAGUGCUUCAUAUGUGGAAGAGGCUUCACGCAGAGUGGGAACCUCAAAACACACAUGAAGGUUCACAAAGGAGAGUCAAAAUGGACGUUAGCUGAGGAGAAGAGUCCCACUACAGAAUCGCCCUCAGUCACCAAUCAUGUGUGUGGGGAGUGUGGAAUGAACUUCCCCCUGAAAGAUCAACUUGAAGAACACCGCGGCAGUCACAAAAAGCCUUACGCUUGUCCAGUCUGCGGCAAGCCGUUCAAAAACAUAGAGUCCUUAAAAAUCCACAGCCGUAUUCACACCGCCAACUCGCCGUUCGCCUGCUCCGAGUGCGGAAAGACUUUCAUCUCGUCGUGCAGCCUCAAGCGACACGAGUUGGCCCACCGCGGGGAAAAGAACUACCACUGCGAGCAGUGCGGCAAGGCCUUCCUGUAUGCCUCCUACCUCGCGGUGCACCUCAAAACUCACAGCGGAGAACGCCCUCACCUGUGCGCCAUCUGCGGGAAAAGUUACACACGUGCCGAGACACUUAAAGUGCACCUGAGGGUUCACACCGGAGAGAAACCAUACACCUGCGAAGUAUGUGGGAAGUCUUUUUAUUACUUUCAGGGCUACAGAUCGCAUAGGAUGAUUCACGAAAAGAAGCCAAAACCUCCAACAAAGCCAUUGGGGAGACCUAAACAACAAACUGAGGUGUAAUUCACCCUUUAUUGGGAAAAAAACAUUCUUCAUCUGUGUUACUAAUGUACUGUCUGAAAGCUGAGCUGAAUAUGAAGCACCGAUUCACUUGCUGCUAUUCUGUUUAUAAGAAUUGAUUGAAAAUACAUUUCUGGUCCUUUUUCAUCUUGUUGAACACGUUUCAGUGUUGUAAUUUAUAUCAACCUAAUUUAGACAUUCUAUUUAAAGGAAUGUUUCAUAGUAAUGCCAGAAUGUGUCUUGUUGGGACGGCGUGGCGCAGUGGGAGAGUGGCCGUGCCCAACCCAAGGGUCCCUGGUUCAAAUCCCACCUAGUACCAACCUCGUCACGUCCGUUGUGUCCUGAGCAAGACACUUCACCCUUGCUCCUGAUGGGUGCUGGUUGGCGCCUUGCAUGGCAGCUCCCUCCAUCAGUGUGUGAAUGUGUGUGUGAAUGGGUAAAUGUGGAAGUAGUGUCAAAGCGCUUUGAGUACCUUGAAGGUAGAAAAGCGCUAUACAAGUACAACCCAUUUAUUUAUUUAUUUGUUUGAUUGGUUUUCAGAGGAAUUACAAUUUGUCAGAACCGUCUUUAAACUGAAGCCAUUGCUCCAGUGACCAUGUUGGAAUACAUCUGAGUCAAGAUUGUUUUUCCAGACUGAUUUGUUUCACAUACUCUAGCCACACGUUCGGUAAGUCUUUUAUACAAUUUCAUUUUACAAACCCCGUUUCCAUAUGAGUUGGAAAAUUGUGUUAGAUGUAAAUAUAAACAGAAUACAAUGAUUUGCAAAUCAUUUUCAAGCCAUAUUCAGUUGAAUAUGCUACAAAGACAAGAUAUUUGAUGUUCAAACUCAUAAACGUUUUUUUCGUGCAAAGAAUCAUUAACUUUAGAAUUUGAUGCCAGCAACACGUGACAAAGAAGUUGGGAAAGGUGGCAAUAAAUACUGAUAAAGUUGAGGAAUGCUCAUCAAACACUUAUAUGGAACAUCCCACAGGUGUGCAGGCUGGGAACAGGUGGGUGCCAUGAUUGGGUAUAAAAGCAGCUUCCAUGAAAUGCUAAGUAAUUCACAAACAAGGAUGGGGGGAGGGUCACCACUUUGUAAGCAAAUUGUCGAACAGUUUUAGAACAACAUUUCUCAACGAGCUAUUGCGAGGAAUUUAGGGAUUUUACCAUCUGCGGUCGUAAAAUCAUCAAAAGGUUUAGAUUAUGUGGAGAAAUCACUGCACGUAAGCGAUGAUAUUAUGGACCUUUGAUCCCUCAGGCGGUACUGCAUCAAAAACCGACAUCAGUGGGUAAAGGAUAUCACCACAUUGGCUCAGGAACACUUCAGAAAACCACUGUCAGUAACUACAGUUGGUCGCUACAUCUGUAAGUAUAAGUUAAAACUCUACUACGCAGAGCGAAUGCCAUUUAUCAACAACACUGAGGAACGCUGCUGGCUUCGCCGGGCCCGAGCUCAUCUAAGAUGGACUGAUGCAAAGUGGAAAAUUGUUCUGUGGUCUAACGAGUCCACAUUUCAAAUUAUAUUUGGAAACUGGACGUGGUGACUUCCGGAACAAAAAGGAAAAUACCCAUCCGGAUUGUUAUAAGCGCAAAGUUGAAAAGCCAGCAUCUGUGAUAGUAUGGGGGUGUAUUAGUGCCCAAGGCAUGGGUAACUUACACAUCUGUGAAGGCACCAUUAAGGCUGAAUGGUCCAUACAGGUUUUGGAGCCACAUAUGUUGUCAUCCAAGCAAUGUUAUCAUGGACGCCCCUGUUUAUUUCAGCAAAACAAUGCCGAGCCACAUGUUACAACAGCGUGGCUUCGUAGUAAAAGAGUGCGAGUACUUUCCUGGCACGCCUGCAGUCCAGACAUGUCUCCCAUCAAAAAUUGUGGCGCUUUAUGAAGCGUAAAAUAUGACAACAAGACUGUUGAACAACUUUAAGCUGUACAUCAAGCAAGAAUGGUAAAGAAUUCCACUUUCAAAGCUUCAACAAUUAGUUUCCUCAGUUCCCAAAUGUGUUGUUAAAAGAAAAGGUGAUGUAACACAGUGGUGAACAUGCCCUUUCCCAACUACUUUGGCACGUGUUGCAGCCAUGAAAUUCGAAGUUAAUUAUUAUUUGCAAAAAAAAAAAAAAGUUUAUGAGUUUGAACAUCAAAUAUCUUGUCUUUAUUUAGACAUUGUAUUUGAAGGAAUGCUUCAUAGUAAUGCCAGAAUGUGUUUUGUUUGAUUGUUGACUGGUUUUCAGAGGAAUUAAAAGUCGUCAGAACCGUCUUCAAACUCAAGCCAUUGCUCCAGUGAUCCAUGUUGGAAUACAUCUGAGUCGGAUUGUUUUUCCAGACUGAUUUGUUUCACAUACUCUAGCCACAGAUUCUGUAAGUCUUUAAUACUAUUUGGUUUAAUUUUUAAAAACUUUUUGUAGUGGGUUCACAUCGACUAAAAGCUGUAAGUACAAUUUCAAUAUUGUACGUUUUACACUUACAUGGGUGUCAAACUCAUUUUUAUUGAGGGCCAUCUCAGAAUUAUGGCUGCGCUUGUAACAGUAAAUAAUGUCAAUGUAAAGAUUUGCUUCAUGAUAUUGUAUGAUAUGUGUUAGGUUAUGAAGUGGAGGGAAUUAUAUUUAUAUAGCGCUUUUCUCUAGUGACUCAAAGCACUUUUACAUAGUGAAACCCAAUAUCUAAGUUACAUCCAAACCAGUGUGGGUGGCACUGGUAGCAGGUGGGUAAAGUGUCUUGCCCAAGGACACAACGGCAGUGCCUCGGAUGGCAGAAGCGGGGUUCGAACUUGGAACCCUGAAAUUGCUGUCACAGCCACGCUAUACCACCCCGCCAUCGUUAUGAUAUAUUUUUUACCUACACUGUAAAAAUAUAUAUAUAUAUU